AUGUUCACAGAAGGAAUUAUCAGCAGAAACUGUACAGAGAACGGCUGGUCAGAUCCCUUCCCUCAUUACUCUGAUGCGUGCGGCUUUGAUGUUAAUGAGACCGGACCCGACCAGGACACCUACUUCCUGUCGGUGAAAGCCCUGUACACAGUUGGAUACAGCACUUCCCUUGUGGCACUCACCACCGCCAUGGUUAUACUGUGCCGCUUCAGGAAGCUUCACUGUACGCGCAACUUCAUCCACAUGAAUCUUUUUGUGUCAUUCAUCCUCCGAGCCAUAUCGGUCUUCAUCAAAGACGAAGUCCUCUACGCUGAACAAGACAGCAACCACUGCCACGUUUCCACUGUGGAAUGUAAAGCCGUCAUGGUGUUCUUCCAUUAUUGCGUCAUGUCCAACUAUUUCUGGCUCUUCAUUGAAGGACUCUACCUCUUCACUCUGCUGGUGGAGACGUUCUUCCCUGAAAGACGAUAUUUCUACUGGUACACAAUCAUAGGAUGGGGAACUCCACUUAUAUGUGUCACUAUAUGGGCUGUGCUGCGACUUCACUUUGAUGACCAGGGCUGUUGGGAAAUGAACACGAAUGUCGCCCUCUGGUGGGUCAUAAAGGGUCCAGUCAUUGGCUCCAUUAUGAUCAACUUUGUGCUGUUUGUUGGCAUCAUCAUAAUUCUGGUGCAGAAGCUGCAGUCUCCAGACAUAGGCGGCAAUGAGUCCAGUAUAUAUCUCAGCUGCUUCCAGGCAUGCUUCUGUAAGAGGGCUAACCAGUACUCUGUCAAGAUGUCUGAGCUUUCCAUCAUCACUGUGAGGUUGGCUCGCUCUACGUUACUGCUGAUCCCCCUUUUCGGAAUACACUACACUGUCUUUGCCUUUUCUCCGGAGAACGUCAGCAAGAGGGAAAGGCUGGUCUUUGAGUUGGGGCUGGGAUCAUUUCAGGGUUUUGUUGUUGCAAUCCUCUACUGUUUCCUGAAUGGCGAGGUGCAAUCAGAAAUAAAGAGAAAAUGGCGGAGUUGGAAAGUCAACCGGUACUUUGCUGUGGAUUUCAAGCACCGUCACCCAUCCCUGGCGAGCAGCGGAGUCAAUGGGGGGACACAAUUGUCCAUUCUGAGCAAGAGCAGCUCCCAGAUCCGGAUGUCCAGCAUAAAAUGCGGAGAACCUGGCGACAUGAGUUCCCAAACUGCCUGA